CUUCCAACGCAGCGCGCACGACUCGAAUUCCGCGAAGACAGGGGAAGAAAUGGCAUCUCUGGUCCGCACCGCCGCCGCCGCCGCCGCCGUCGUCGUGAGGUCGGCGGCCCGCGCCUCACCCCUCACAGGCCGCGUCCUCGGUGCUCCACUGCCUUCCCUGGCGUCGACUUCCGCUGCCCGGUCCGCCCGGAUCCUCCGCAGGUCGGCGGCCGCGGCGUCGGCGGGGCUGGAGACGCUCAUGCCGCUGCACAGCGCGGUGGCGGCGGCGAGGCUUAGGUCCUGUAUCGCCGUCGACUCCUCCUGCUGGAGCUCGCUCUCUCAAGGUUUAAACAAGCGCAUCUGAUCAUGGCUAGGAGCUGAGCAGCAGAGAAGAUAUGCUUUGCCUUUGUGACAGAGAGCUGCACCUGAAGAAACAAAUGAACAUUAGGAAUUACAAACAAGGGCUGUAAUAACGUGAUGCUUGCAAACUAAUUUCUCCUUUGAAGUUCAUUGAAUUUUGUAACUUGAACCAUCCAAGAUGUGGAACUAGCAUUUGUUGAUGUUAGAAUUUUAUUCAUAUGCCCAUGAAUUAUCUGCAGCCCCCUUUUAAAACAGUCGGUUCAUUAUUGACA